GUGACAUGUGUGGUCGUGUAGUACUAUCAUAUGGCAGCAACCCCGCGGAGAACACAAAAUUACAAUAAAGCCCCUCAAAAUCUCAUCCAUCAUCAUCAUAAAUAUCUCCCCAAUUGCUCUUCUUCAUCUUCCCAGUCUUUGGAGAGAGAGAGAGAGAGAGAGAGAGAAACAGAAAUCUUGCUAGAGAAUAAGAGAAAGAUCUUGAGACAGAGAGAAAUUAAAACAUGCUACGAUUCUUAAAAUCUUUGUCGAGGACAGUGCAUGAAGAGCGAUAUCAAGAUCCAGAACCAUCGAAUGGCGGUGGUGAUGAUGGAAGCCACGGUGGUGGUGAUGAUGGUGGUUGUGGGCCGACGAGUUUAACGGUGUGGAGGAAGUCAUUGUUCAUAGGCUGUAGUGGGUUCACGGUAAUAAACUCCGACGGUGACUUGGUAUAUAGAGUUGAUAAUUACGGCUGCCGCCGGCAACAAGAAGUCGUUCUCAUGGAUGCUUCCGGGAAACCCAUGUUCACUGUUUCCCGUAGCAAGGUGUUCGAAGGUGAAAUAUUAUCGAAGAAACAAAAACCAAUAUGUUGUGCAAGAAAACAUGUUGAUAUUCUACGUCCGAAGGUAAAGAUAUUAGCUCAAGUUUAUCGAACACCAUAUGAUGAGAAAGCAGGAGGGUAUGUGAUUGAGGGAUCAUACGUGAACAGAUCAUGCAAAGUUCUUGAUGAAUCAAGAAAUGUAUUGGCUGAGAUUAGAAGGAAAGAAACUACCACAAAAGGUGUUUCUUUUGGGCUAGAAGUUUUCGUGUUGGUUGUAAAUCGAGGGUUUGAUUCCGGUUUAGCAAUGGGUAUAGUUUUGUUAUUAGAUCAAAUGUCACUUUGACCAUUGUAACAAUAUAAUUAAUAUUGUGUUACAUGUGAGAGAGAUUAAGUAAAUCCAGGUAGCCGGUUGAAUCAGUGGCGCUGACUGAGAGCACGAAUCCAUACAUUUUUCAUUGGAGGAACUACAAAUUGUUCGACAAGAAUUUCAUUUGGUAUAGAACCUAGGCUAUGUUAAAGAUAUUGUAUGUCUCAUGUUUGACUGAGACACCCCUCAUACCGUAUUUUAUUGGUAUUAGAUCAACUCAUGUAUAAAUUCACAUGUAUGUAUAAAUUCUUUCGAAUAUCGAUCACAUAUGAUAUAUCUUUUUCUGUCCUAUUAGAAUUGUAACACGGUACCGAUUGCUUAAUCAUUAAUUAAAUAUCGAAAAACCAUGCCAAC